UAUUAGACAAAGUGAAAACUAACCAAAGAAUAGUUUCAGCACCUUUCUUUUUCUUGAAAACCGCAUAAAAGAUUAGCCAAGUUAAAGUGAGGCAGUAGAGAAUUCUCUUUUACUUCCAUCUCAUUUUCUACUCUUCUUUCCUCUUUUCUUGCCCUUCCAUAUUCCUAUUAUUACUAACCACAUUAAGAAUUGAAAAACCAGAGAUGGGUAGGAUUCCAUGCUGUGAGAAGGACAACGUGAAAAGGGGACAGUGGACACCUGAAGAAGACAACAAGCUCUCUUCCUACAUUGCCCAACACGGCACCCGCAACUGGCGCCUCAUCCCCAAGAACGCUGGUCUUCAAAGGUGCGGGAAGAGCUGUAGGCUAAGGUGGACUAAUUACCUUCGUCCUGAUCUAAAGCAUGGCCAAUUCUCGGAAGCAGAAGAGCAGACCAUAGUGAAGCUGCAUUCUGUCGUUGGCAACCGAUGGUCACUAAUUGCAGCUCAGCUGCCUGGCCGAACAGACAAUGAUGUUAAAAAUCACUGGAACACUAAGCUGAAAAAGAAGCUUUCAGGCAUGGGUAUUGAUCCUGUGACCCACAAGCCUUUCUCUCACCUCAUGGCUGAAAUUGCAACAACACUGGCCCCUCCACAGGUGGCUCAUCUUGCAGAAGCAGCCCUUGGCUGCUUUAAAGAUGAAAUGCUCCACCUCCUUACCAAGAAGCGCAUUGACUUCCAGAUCCAAGAACCUAAUACAGCACCAGGGAACACCACAGCCACUUAUAUAAAUAGUAAGCAAGAUGAAAAAGAUGAUACCAUCGAGAAGAUCAAGCUUGGCCUAUCAAGGGCUAUACAAGAACCUGACAUGCUACAAUCAACCAAGCCAUGGGACUCUACUGGAGCGACAUCUGCAAAUUUUGCAAGGGCGUGCAGUGCUUUCCCGGCAUCUAUGUCUGGAUAUCAGUAUGGCCCAUCAUCUUUUGCAAAUGAUGGGGACAGAUCACCAUGGAGCCAGAGUAUGUGCACGGGAAGCACAUGCACAGCUGGGGACCAGCAAGUCCGGUUACAUGAAAAACUUGAGGGAGAAAAUGGAGAGGAUUCUGAGGGUGGAAAAGAUAUCAGAAAUGGGUCCAGUAUGUUCAGUUCAGACUGUGUCUUAUGGGAUUUACCAUCUGAUGAUCUAAUGAACCCAAUUGUUUAGAAAGGUUAAAGAACAGAGGAGUGCAAAGAGGCAGGAAUCCCUACUUGAUGGAUAAACAUUAACAUUUUAUUGCAAAAAUAUAAAGAUCAACAUGUAAAUCA